AUGGCGUCCCGAUCCCCCACGGCGGUGACUCCCCUACCAAAAUCAUCCGUCGCGCCCGAGACCCCGAUGGUCAAAGAUGCCCCCGCAACCCCCCAAGCCGUCCCUUUCCCUUCUCCACAGACAUUCGACAUUGUUCCGCCGUUGCAUGGCCUCCUUUCACGUCUUCUAUCGCCGCCAACGAACGCUGCUGGCGUAUCCAAUGGCGUGAGAGCGGCCGAUGACCCUACUGGAGCUGUCCUGGGGGCAGUACCUUCAGCUGGUCCAGGUGGUGCUGAAAUAUCCGGAUUGGGCUCAGGUACAUCUCCAGCGCUCGAUAUCAAGGACCUUCCGACAGAGGUCAGCUCGAUCAAAAUUCGGAUUCAGAAGGCACAAGCUGUGGUGGAAAACCUACCCGACGUAGAUCGGUCGGUUACCGACCAGGAAGAGGAGAUUGAGGAGCUGGAGGACCGCAUUGCAAAGCUGAAGUCGGUCAUCGCCGACUUUGGCCAGAUGGCAAGCCCAGGGGGUGCUAAGAAGCUCAAGUCUCAGGGACCUUGA